AAUGGGUCAAUUGCUUUUACAGGAGGAAGAUCUGUUGUCUAUUCCUCCUCCCGAAGAAAACAUACAGAGAACAUUCGUCGGUGUCUUGAGUUCUGAGACAGCUGACAAACUCAAGGCUAUGUUCAGAAGAGACUUCUGUCCAGAGAUCGUCCUUCUUAAGGAGGGUCACAAGUUACCACCAGAGUGUCGGCUUGUGAUAUGUUGUCUACCACAGAACAUCAGACAAAUGUAUUUAGAUGAUGGCACGGUCUUUGCAACACUAAUAACAGACGCGGGAUUAAGUCAAGCAAUGGUGUUGAUAAUCAUAUUCGGAGAAAAGAAGACACCUAAUAGGGAAAAGCUGAACGAUGAAAAAAUCUACGACAUCGUCUUACGACAGGGCCAGGAGCUAUACAUGAAAGGACGAAGUCAGACGUCGCCGUUGGACCACCCUUGCUAA